CAUCUAUAAACAAAUUUGUAUAAUUUUGUAUAAUUAGUAUACCGAAUUAUUUACUUCAAAAAAAAAAUAUUUCAAUUAACCUGUACGCCAAAGAUUUUGUUAAGCGAUUGCUUGUAAUGAAAAAUAUACAUAUAUUUAUUAUUUACUUUUUAUUAUCGGUUAAUUAUCCUAUCAUAUUGUUCAAAGCGAAUCAUAUUAUUAAGGAACAUUUCUUUUAAAAACAAAACAUAAUACGGAAUUGUAAUUUCUCCCUAAUUUAAAGAAAAUGUCUGAAGGUGGUGUCUUAUCAGGGGUUAUACCUACUGAAUAUAGUCCCAGUAAUCCUUUAACACUUUUUAUUAUUCAGGUUGUGAUCAUUAUUGCCUUUACGCGUCUCCUUAAUAUUGUAUUAUCUCCUUUAAAACAACCACGUGUUAUUUCUGAAGUUAUUGGUGGGAUUAUCCUUGGUCCUUCAGUAUUUGGCAGAAUCCCCGGUUAUAUGAAUACUAUAUUUCCUGAUGCAUCUAAACCUCAACUUAAUUUAGCUGCAAAUGUGGGUUUAGUUCUUUUCUUAUUCAUUGUUGGAGUUGAAAUGAAUCCAAAAGCAAUCUUGAAAAAUGCUAAAGCUGCCAUUAGUAUUUCUGCUGGUGGUAUUAGUCUGUGUUUUGCGUUGGGAUCGGCUGUAAGUUAUGGAUUAUACAAUAAUUUUACCGAUAAAACGGAGAAAUUUCCGAUUUUUUUAAUUUUUAUUGGUGUAGCGAUGUCAAUUACCGCUUUUCCCGUUCUUGCUCGUAUUUUAUCAGAACUUCAAGUAAUUCGCUCUCCAGUAGGAGUUGCAGCAUUAACUGCCAGUGUUAAUGAUGAUGUGACGUCAUGGAUUUUAUUAGCAUUGGUCGUCUCUUUGGUCAAUUCAUCAAAUAACUUAACAGCCCUUUAUGUCUUUUUACUCUGUAUUGGUUGGGUUUUUAUUGUGGUCAUGAUAAUUCGUCCAAUAUUAAUUAAACUGAUCAUUAAAACUGGUAGCAAUGAGAAUGGACCUACCUUAUCCAUGACUGUUAUUACGUUAUCUACUGUACUUGUUUCCGCUUUUGUGACUAGUAUAAUUGGAGUUCAUGCGAUUCUUGGUGGCUUCAUGAUCGGUGUAAUUAUUCCACAUGAAGGUGGAUUUGCUGUUGGAAUUACGGAAAAAAUCGAAGAUCUGAUCAAUGUAUUGUUUUUACCUGUCUAUUUUGCUCUAUCGGGAUUAAAAACUCAACUAGGUUUAUUGAAUGAUGGAAAAAUUUGGCUUUGGGUUUUUGUAGUAAUUUUAUGUGCUAUGAUGGGAAAGAUUAUUGGAUGUGGAUCAAUGGCAAGAUUAAAUAAGUAUACAAUUAGAGAAUCCUUGACAAUUGGAGUCUUUAUGAGUUGUAAAGGUCUUGUUGAAUUGAUCAUACUUAAUAUUGGAUAUGAUUCAAAAGUUAUUAAUGAUAAAAUAUUUGUUGUUAUGGUGGUAAUGGCUCUUGUUACUACGGUUACAACAUCUCCUCUUGCAACUUGGAUUUAUUCAAACGAAUAUCAAAAAAAAUUGGAAAUUAGUAGAAAUGAAAAACUUGGUCUUGGUUCUCAAAGUUCUGUUAAUAAAUUAUUACAUAAAACCAAUUACAGCAAACUUUUAGUUGUAUUGAACAAGGUUGAAUGGUUACCAGCUAUGAUGUCCUUAGUACAAUUAUUACAACCUUUACCUAAAUCAACUGUUGUUAUAAAUAAGAGUGAUUUACAUGAAGAAGAACUUAGUUUAGCACCAGUUAAUUCAUCAACUGUGGUGGAACAUGGCGGCAAUGAACCACUCGUUGUUCAUGCGUUAAGAAUAGUUGAGCUUAAACAACGUAUUUCGGAUGUAAUGAAAUUUAAUGAAUCUGAAGAAAUGACAUUACGUGAUCCAAUAAUGAAUGUAUUUCGUAUGUUUGGUCAAUUGAAUUUUGUAAAUAUCAAGGCCAACCUUACAGUUGCUCCUUUUCAAAAUUUUGCAAGACAAGUCGCGGAUAGUGUUAAAGAUACAGAAUCCGAAAUAGUUAUUAUUCCAUGGAAUGGUGCAGGUUCUAUUGUCGAUGAUCCUAUAAAUCCUCUUGGAGUACCCAAAGAACAGAAACUAACUAGUUCGCAAGUUGCUUCUUUUGUUCAAGGAGUUUUUAGUGAAGUUAAUGUAUGUAUUGGCUUCUUAAUUGAUAGAGGACUUGGAGUAGGAACUAGAAAAUUACAAACACCACUCCCAAAUGGAUUAGACAUACAUGUUUACUUUCCUUUCUUUGGAGGAAUUGAUGAUAGGGAAGCUUUAUCUUUUGUUGUUCGAUUAUUAAAUCACCCAAAUGUUACAGCCACAGUAAUACGAAUAAAGAAAACUAAUGAACCUACAGAUAAUGACGCAACACUAAGUAGGGCUGAUCCACUCGUAACUCACUUUAAUCCACAAAAUGAUAUUGAACCACAACGACCACCACUCGCACAUGAAAUGUCAACAACUUCGGAUCAUGUCCUUAAUUCCGGUGUAGAACAAGAAUUAUCUCGGGAAGCUGAUGAAUUAUUACUAUCAGAAUAUUUCAAAGUAAAUACUGGUAAAUUAAUAGAUAAUCCUAGGAUUAAAUUUCGGGAAAUUUCUUCUUCAACGCCUUUACAAACAGCUGUUAAACGUGGUGAGGAAAUUGUCAAACAAAAAGAUCUAAUAGUUGUAGGGCGUGGACGUCAAAAAGCAGUUGUAAGUCAUCGAGAAGAAUUUGCUGAGGUAUUAAAGAACUUUGGUCUGAGUUAUGGCAAUGAUACACGGAAAUGUUUAGGAGAUUUGGCUGAAGCUUUUCUCGUUAGUCAAAUUGCAUCAAGUUUAUGUGUUAUACAAGGAAUUAAAAGAUAGAUUAUGCAAUAAUAUCAUAUUCGUAUUCUUUUUUACAUACCUCUCAAAACAAGUGACAUUCACCAGUGAUUUUAAUAGAUCAUUGUCUAGUAAAUUUCUUCAUUUUAAUUUUACCUUUAGCGAUUUAUUUAUUGAUCUACAGUAUGUAAACAAAGGGUAUCUACUAUAAUUUAUUUUUUAUAAGUGUAUAUAAAAGUUAUUGUUUCCAACAAUUCAAUUUAGAUUGAACAUAUUGUACAAAUAUUUAUGAGUAUGUUUGAAAUCGUGUCAAAAAUUAUCUAUGAUGAUCAAAUACAAGAUAAACU